AUGAGCCUCUUCUCUGAUGAACACAUCCGCCUUGCUGGGGCGGAUGUCAUUUUGCACAAUAGUAAGCUUCAGGAGCUAGACAGUGUGGAAUCGAGCAGGGAUGCGACUUCUGAGAAGCAUUUUUGGCCUCCGCAACGCCCGAUGGCCAGGCCAUUCGCAUCUUCUCUGACUCGCGUGCUAGCUGUAGCGUUGGCCUCUUUAGCUGUCGCCUACCUAGUCCUGCGUUGUUUCCAUGGGCUUUAUGUGGGAUACAGACAAGGCGGGGCCAGUAGGGCACUGGCUUCGUGGGAAGGGAACGCGGGAGACCAGUGCUCCGAUAAUGGGGGUGAUGACGAGAGCUUGAAUUUGACCACCCAUGGGACAGGAGAAGCACCUGAAGAUUGGAUUGGAUAUGCUGAUGACGCAGAUCUAAUUGGUUUGGAACUAUCACGUGUGAUAGAUAGCUUCCCUGAUGAAGAAGGCUGGGAGAACCGCGACAUGCCUACUCGGGCUAGGAGUAUCUUUGCCCACUAUCUGGAACGCAUUGAGGCAAUGGCGACAUUGUGUGGAGAGCUUGAGCCGAAGCUCAAACAAGACCAUUUUUUCAGCGUAGUCAACAGAGUGUCGAAGAUUCUAGUGACGCAGUUGGGAUUGCUAUCGCUAAAUCCUACGGAGUUAGAAUCCAAUAGAGAACGGGCUGGCGAGGCGAUCGUAGGGUUGCUCAAAAGGACCACUGCUCCAAUUGAUGGAGAUGGCGAACUCCUUCGCCUUAAAAAUAUGAAUAGGAGCCUUGUGGACCUCACGAGGGCAGUCAUGCGUCCCAGGGAAGACACGAAAAGUAUGACCUCCAAUUUUCACAAGAAAAGGAUACUUGGGGCCUUUAAAAUGCUUCAAAUCAUCAAUGGCCACCUCAUGAACAUCCUUGCCAACCUUCGAAUUCUCGUCAAUUAUCCCAAUGCAGGAAUGACACCCGCAGAGAUAGAAACACAAAUUAAGCUAUUGGAAAUUCUACAGGUGCACCUGCUCGAUCGCAUGUUUUAUGACCAGACAGCAUUCUGGCAUCUGAAACGAGCUCAGAAGUAUAUCUCGCAGUAUCUGUUAUUCAACAAAGUUGAGGCUUUUGUACAUGCUAAUAAGCAAAUUCCUCCUUCUGCCCAGUUCGAAGCUGAUUUGAACAAUGAUAUGAAGCAGGCAGGCGGUAUGGCGUACAUCCCACUAUCCCGUCUGCACACCGGAGGAAAAUCCCCAGAAGGCGGAUUCCAACCGCUAUUGGAAGCUUCUGCUAGCUCUUCUUCCAGUUCCGGUGAGAGUCUGGGGCAUUCGGAAGGUAGCUUCAUUUCCUCAGCCUUCCACCCCACAACCACAUCACCAUUAGCUCAGCAGCUAAACCAGGCUGCUCGCGGCCUCGGCAUCCGCCCCGUGACACAGACUCCUACGGCCUUUGGCACCCGAAUUCCUCAGCCAAGUCCUUCUUCUUCGCCUUCUCUGGAGGCAGGAUACCUUGAUCACCAACAUAUACAUCGUUCACGCUCUGCCUACCCUACAGUUCGGGACCCUUUCGGACCUCAAGAUCUUGAAGAUCUUUCCGAGUCACCUCAAUCUGCGUCGGGCACCUGGGGCUCCUCUUCCAAGGGGCAUUUCGGCCACGCGCAUGGUCAGCUCCUUCGAGGUUACGGUAGUUCUUCAUCCGCGGUGGAGACAGGCGAUGGGCUUCCCCGUUUAGCUCCCCCAAGAUCUUUUAUACAGAGGGUACCACCAACCGUGCAACACCACCACCCACAUGGCUUCAAGGCACCCGGUCGGUCAGGUCAUGUGCCUUCUGUUGGAAUAGAGGAAGGCCCUAUUUGGCAUGAUGGGCGGCAGAGAUAUCCAACCACUUAUGCUCCACAGGCGACGGAGUUUUACCCUGGAAGCCCACAUGGAGAAGACUCCACAGCAACAGGACCAGAGGCAUGGUGGAGCAAAGGAAGGGUUCCGUUGGCUUCGCCUCGACAUCCGGCACAGCGCUCCACCCACUACAGGGAUGCGCGGCAGUCCUUACAACCAACUACGCCAGCUGUACGACCUCCUCCGGGCUUCUAUUCAGUUAGGAUGCAGACGCCAAUGCCACCCCGAGCAUCUACUUCAUUUAGCCAUCCCAUUUCUCCUAGUUUGAAAUCUCACACGGGAAUAUCAGACAGCAGUUUGCGCUCUUUCUCAGUUCCCGUGACCAGAAUGCCUCCUGAUGGUGCUGCCCCACGACACCGUCAAACUCCCCCUCCCUUGGCACCUCGCUUUCAGAGACUUACCUUCACUUCUCCCCCGCCCCGUGCACCGUUUUCAGGAGCUCCUGACGCUUCCCCCUGGACUUCCCAACCUGCUGAAGCCAUGAGUAGUUCUGGCUUCCAUGCCGCUGGAGAAGAAGCCAGCCAGGCGGCUUGGCCUCCGCCUACGCCGGGAGCGUUAGGCUGGCAACACGAGCCAUUCCAAAGUGCAGACCAGGAACGUCGUCGUCGUGGAACAGACAGCGAAGAAGAAAUUUUGGAAAUUCUAGAACGUGUUACUAAGCGAUUGGGUGAGAUGAUUACUGAUGAAGACGAAUCUUCGGACGAACGCAGAACAAGCUAG